AUUUCAGAGGAGGGGAGAGAGAGAGAGAGACACCAUGAAGAAAGGGAGCUUAAACCUCGAGCUUACCAUUCCUUCUGAUGAAAAUUCCGUCUCUGAAUUCAUCAGCACUCCCACCGGUACGUUCAGAGCUGGGGAUCUGAUAGUCGACAAAAAUGGAAUUCGAAUUAUCUCUCAAAACGAAGAUGAGCCGCCAAGCCUUAUAAAGCUAUCGGACAACCAAUUGAUCUUAGCUGACAUAGAUAUAAUUAAAGUGAUUGGAAAGGGUAACGGAGGGGUCGUGCAGCUGGUCCAACACAAAUGGACUGGCCAAUUUUUUGCUCUGAAGGUUAUACAACUGAAUAUCCAGGAGCAAAAUCGCAAACAUAUUGCACAGGAACUGAAGAUUAAUCAGUCAGCACAGUGUCCGUAUGUGGUUGUAUGUUACCAGUCAUUCUAUGACAAUGGUGUCAUAUCGAUUGUUUUGGAAUACAUGGAUGGUGGUUCUCUUGCAGAUUUUCUAAACAAAGUCAAAACAAUUCCAGAGUCAUAUCUUUCUGCCAUCUGUAAGCAGGUGCUCAUGGGUCUGUUGUAUCUUCAUCAUGACAAGCACAUAAUUCACAGGGACUUAAAACCUUCUAAUUUGUUAAUAAAUCAUACAGGAGCAGUCAAGAUAACUGAUUUUGGUGUGAGUGCCAUAUUGGAAAGCACCUCUGGCCAGGCAAAUACCUUGGUUGGAACUUACAACUAUAUGUCUCCAGAGAGAAUCAGUGGAGCUAAACAUGGCUCCAGAAGUGAUAUUUGGAGCUUGGGAUUAGUUUUACUGGAGUGUGCAACCGGCAAAUUUCCUUAUUCCCCACCAGAAGAAGAAGGAUGGGUCAAUUGUUAUGAGCUUAUGGAAGCAAUUGUGGGGCAACCACCACCUCGUGCACCUUCUGACCAGUUUUCUCCAGAGUUCUGCUCCUUUAUCUCAGCAUGUGUACAGAAAGAUCCAAAACAUAGACAGUCAGCACAUAAACUAAUGGAACAUCCUUUCAUCAGCAUGUAUGAAGACUCAAAUGUUGACCUUGCUGCUUACUUCACCAACGCUGGGUCUCCACUUGCAACAUUUUGAUCAUUUUCUUUCUGAUUGCAGACGUGCUGCUGUGGUGGGUUCAGGUCCUAUGUGAGUGUGGAAGAAAAUAGAGCUAAA